UUAUAGUCAAAUUAGAAUUCCACAUAACUGAUUAAUUUUGAGUCUUGUUUCUGGGUUAAGACUAAAAAAUCAACAUGGAAGAAGCCAAGAAACUCAAAACAGAGCAUGAUCGAUUAAGCCGUCUCUCCGAUGAUUUAUUAUGCCAUAUUCUAACAUUCCUGCCAAUAAAAGAGGCUUACAGAACAAGUGUUCUUUCUUCAAGAUGGAUAUCACUCUGCAACAAAAUCCUCGACCUUCAAUUUGCAUUACCAAAAUCUAAGCGGUAUCAAGAAAUUGAGUAUGUAUAUACAAUUCUUCUAAGACGCACCGAAAAUAUAAGAAAAUUAACAUUCUUCACUCACUUUGGAUGUGAACCCACUGAUGCACAAUUGUGGGUCAUGAGUGCAAGAAAACUUCAGGUGAAGGAACUUGACUUAGAUUUCAUUCUCCGGAAGCCAAUAGUAUUCCCUGUUACGUUUUUCAUGUCUAUGUCACUUGUGGUUUUAAAAUUGCGUGGCAAUAUUAAACUCCAAUUUGAUUCUUCUAUUGCUCCUAAUUUCCCUUCAUUAAAGAUUCUUCAUCUUCAAUUACUUAUUGGGUACAAUUAUAGUGAUGAUCGUGAAUAUGAUAUUAAUAAUUUUUUAAGUGGUUGUCCACAUCUUGAGGAAUUUCGUUUCUAUGAUUGCCUCAUACAACCUAUUAAUAUCUCUUUUCACUUCUUAAAGAGAUUACAUCUUAAUUUAUUCAAUCCUAGUUAUAUUACCGACAUUGGUCCAUUACAAAUUAAUGUCCCUUCACUUGAAUUUCUUCAAAUUGCUGAUUGUUCCCUUCGGAAAUAUGAGUUUAUAAACUUGUUCAAUGUUGAUCGAGCAGCUCUUUGCAUUAGUAAGUAUUCGGAUUUUGACGGUUCGUAUAAACUCUUAAAAGGAAUUUCUAAUGUCAAAUCACUCACUCUCAGGGCUGACACAAUUAAGUUUCUUAGCAAGCAGGACUAUCUCGACGAUUUAUGUCUUCUCACUUUUCAUAAUUUAUUAUAUUUAUCGGUUGAAAUAUCUGAGAAUUGCAAUUGGAAUAUGCUUCUUAGCUUUCUUCAAAAUGCUCCAAAACUAAAGAAUCUUGUUAUUGAGAAACAUUUUAAAAGGAAUUUGAAAAGAAAAGAGGUUGGAAACUCUCCAUGGAAAGGGCCAAUAGAAACUCCAACAUGUCUUUCAAGCAGCCUCAAAACAUUUCAGUUUAAAGGAAUUCAAAACAUAAGAGCUGAGUUGGAUUUUACGCAAUAUAUUAUAGAAAACUCAAGUAAGUUGGAGAAAGUAAAGAUUUUUACACCAAAGUCCAAGAAGUCAAAGUCAACAUCCUCAACAAAAAGAAAAUUAAUGCAGUGGUCAAAGAAAUCAUCAUUACUAGUAUGGGAAAUUAAUUUAUUUUGAAGAUCGUUUGGAUGCCUUCAAGGAAUGAAGCAAGACUGGUGGCACUAUUUUUCUUGUUAUCAAUCUUACACACUCCAUUAUAAUUGAUUUGUUGCAUAUAUUUAUCCAAUUUUUAAUUCUUUUGGGUAGAAAUACAAUUGUCUCUAAGAACUCUUAGUCAAAUACCGUAUGUAAGCAUCUUUAUUUGUUUUUUUAAUAUGACAUAGUUACCUUAAACUUAUUUAUUGAGAAUUCCCCAAUUGCAACGUCUUGUAAAA